AUGGCAGACAAUAACAAAUCGGAAGCGAUUCGCGAGCCAAGCGAGGCCGAAAAUAUCGCCAACGUCAUGCACCAGGUGCGAAACGAAAAGGACGCCGCCGCCAUGCAUGAUGAGUUAGUUCAAUCGAGAGCAGGGGGAUACAUCCCGGUUACAUCAGAGGAGAAACACCAAUCACGCGCAUUGAACCUGAAGUUGGACUUAUUUGUUCUUCCGUUUUGCGUCUUCAUCUACUUACUGAAUGGCCUCGACCGUUCAAACCUGGGUAAUGCGCAGACUGGUGGGUUCACCAAGGACUUGGGGAUCCCCGCUGAUACAAUCAACACCGCUACGUCGCUGUUCUUCUGUACAUUCGUUCCAUUACAACCGGUUUCCACUGCGAUCGGAAAACGUGUCGGCCAAGCUAGAUGGCUCGCGAUCAUCAGUCUGGGCUGGGGUAUUAUGACACUUGCACAUGCUUUUGUCAAAACCAAAGGACAGGUCGUCGCUGUUCGAUUACUGAUCGGAGUAUUCGAAGCAGGCUUCUAUCCGACAUGUGUCUCUUAUCUCUCGACAUUCUACCCUCGAUUUGAUCUGGCUUAUCGAAUUGCACUUUUCUAUGGAUCGUACGCAAUUGCAGGGGCAUUCGGAGGUCUCAUCGCUUGGGGCGUAUUUCACAUCCAUGGCUCGCUCUACAGCUGGCAGUAUCUCUUCAUCAUCGAAGGUUCCAUCACUCUUUUGAUAGCCAUCAUCACGCCAUUUUGGCUAGUUGCCGAGCCGAAGAACGCAUGGUUCUUGAAGGAACAUGAACGGGUGUAUGCUGAAAGACGUAUGGUCAUGGACGCAGCUGCUAACCUCGACUCCACUUACAAGAUCACCACGCGAGAUAUGGUUGAGGGUGCUCUUGAUUGGAAAUUGUGGUGUGUCUUACCCUGGAAUAUUUUAGCAAGCAUUGCUCCGCAAGGAUUCACCAUCUUCUUUCCGAUCGUUGUGAAGGGUCUGGGAUAUUCCGGUGCAACAGCGAACCUGAUGACCGUUCCCCCUUACGUCAUUGGAACAGUGGUUUUGCUCUGCGUCGCCGCAUCGUCUGACCACUUCCAGGAGAGAUCAAGACAUAUUCUCAGCGGCAUCACAGUAGUGAUGAUUGGUCUGAUUCUCGUUAUCGUCCUUCCUUUGCAGAACAUACAUGCUCGAUACGGCGGGCUAGUAAUCUUAUUGGCCGGUACGUUCGUUGCUGCUCCCAUCACGGUUGCAUGGCUGGCAGGCAAUACUCCAGAACCAGGUAAACGGACCUUUGUUCUGGGCAUCAAUGGGUGGGGGAAUCUCGGCGGCAUCAUUGGAAGUGAGCUUUACAAACCUCGCUACGGCCCUGACUAUCACUUUCCUCUGAAGGUUACUGCCGGCUUGAUCGGUGUUGCAUGGGUGGGAUAUGCCGCCUAUCACUUCGAACUCCGUUUUGCCAACAGGUACAAAGCCCGGAAGAUAGCGCAGAUGUCCCACGAGGAAAUCGAAGAAGAGAACAGGAACGACAAACGGUAUGCCGAUAGCAAGUAUACAUUUGUAUACUCGCUGUAG